AAUAUAUUAUUGUGAGUUUUAUGUUAAAAAAAAUUGAAUUUGAAAAGAGUACAAUCACAUUUUCAAUAAAUUUUGUAAUAUUUAAAAAAAAAAAAAAAAAAAAAACCACUUUGCGUGACGUCGAGAUGUAUACCUGCGUCGCGCCAGUGAUAAUUCUGGCGGUGAAAAUGUAAAAAUUAAGCGCUUUUUUUUUAAAUUUUCCCGGACAAAUAUUUCCGAGACCCGAACUGUCUCUCGCUCAUCUCGCCCCCUCUCUCACUCGGUCUCUCUCUUCCCGUAGCCUUCCUCCUCAUCUUCUUUCCAUUCUCAUCCUUUCUCUCUUCCCAACCCAAACCCUAAUCCCAUUCCACUCCAGCCGACUCUCCUCCUCAGCUCAGCUCGCACAAGGCUUUCCCUCCCAAUUGCCCAUUUGUUUCUCCAACCGCCGCUCGAUUUUGUUCAUCGUGUUACCCUUUAAUUAUAAUCAUUGUUCCUACAAAAUCGAAACCUAAAUCACACAUUCGCCAUCUCUUUCGCGGAUCUGCAACUCUUUUUCGCCAUUUCUCUGGCUGAUGUGUAGAAACCCUUCGCUACUCUCCCAACUUCGACUUCAUCUCACGGUUGCAGUGCUGUACCAACUAUUGAGAACAAAAAGGUUUCUGUUGGGACUUUGGAAUGGGUUCAAAGGCAUGGAGUUACCAUUUGAAGAAGUAGAAGCCCACACGAGUCAAUCUAUUGUAUAUGUUGGCAUUGAUAGUACUCUUGCCGGUCUCAUUUAUUUUGAGGAUCAGAUAAGGGUAGAUGCUGGACAAGUUGUCAAAUCUUUAUCGAAGCAAGGGAUCGAUGUAUACAUGCUAUCUGGGGACAAAAGCAAUAACGCGGAGUACGUCGCGUUUGUUGUUGGUAUUCCGAAAGAGAAGUUACUUGAUGCCUUGGAACUGAGCAGGCUAACUAUGAAGCAAAAUCUCGAUGUCCAGUCUUCAAAUCCCGAUGCUAUCACUUGAUCUUGCUCCAUCUUUGACCUCCUAGCCACUUUUUGCCCGGCCGAUACCCAGUAGCUUGAUGUAUCAAACCUAGAAGAUAGUUAUUGUAGUUUUUUCUAUUUUUGUUCGGACAUCUUGUAUGUACAUUUUCAUAUAUUUUAUAAUUAAAUACUUUUUCUUGGUUUA